AUGCGCGCGGGCCGGGGCGGCGUCCCGGGGACCGGCGGCCUGACCCCGCCGCCGCCGCUGCUGCUGCUGCUGCUGGCGCUGCUGCCCGCCGCCGCCCCGCGGUCCCCGGCCCUGGCCGCCGCUCCCGCGGGGCCCAGCGUGAGCCUCUACCUGAGCGAGGACGAGGUGCGCCGGCUGCUCGGUCUUGAUGCAGAACUUUACUAUGUGAGAAAUGACCUUAUUAGUCACUACGCGCUGUCCUUUAACCUGCUAGUGCCCAGUGAGACAAACUUCCUGCACUUCACUUGGCAUGCAAAGUCCAAGGUUGAAUAUAAGCUGGGAUUCCAAGUAGACAAUUUUGUGGCUAUGGGCAUGCCCCAGGUCAAUAUUUCUGCUCAAGGGGAAGUCCCACGCACUUUAUCAGUGUUUCGGGUCGAGCUUUCCUGUACCGGCAAAGUAGACUCUGAAGUUAUGAUACUAAUGCAGCUCAACCUGACAGUAAAUUCUUCAAAAAAUUUUACAGUUUUAAAUUUUAAACGAAGGAAAAUGUGCUACAAAAAACUUGAAGAAGUAAAAACUUCAGCCUUGGACAGAAACACUAGCAGAACUAUUUAUGAUCCUGUACAUGCAGCUCCAACCACUUCCACGCGUGUGUUUUAUAUCAGUGUAGGGGUUUGCUGUGCAGUAAUAUUCCUUGUAGCAAUAAUAUUAGCCGUUUUGCACCUUCAUAGUAUGAAAAGGAUUGAACUGGAUGACAGCAUCAGCGCCAGCAGUAGUUCCCAAGGGCUGUCUCAGCCAUCCACCCAGACGACUCAGUAUCUGAGAGCUGACACACCCAACAAUGCGACUCCCAUCACCAGCUCCUCAGGUUACCCUACCUUGCGGAUAGAGAAGAACGACUUGCGGAGUGUCACUCUGUUGGAGGCCAAAGCCAAGGUGAAGGACAUAGCGAUCUCCAGGGAGAGGAUAACACUGAAAGACGUUCUUCAAGAAGGUACUUUUGGGCGUAUUUUCCAUGGGAUUUUAGUAGAUGAAAAAGAUCCAAAUAAAGAAAAGCAGACAUUCGUAAAAACAGUCAAAGAUCAAGCUUCUGAAGUUCAGGUGACGAUGAUGCUCACUGAGAGCUGUAAGCUCCGAGGCCUCCAUCACAGAAACCUCCUUCCUAUUACUCAUGUGUGCAUAGAAGAAGGAGAAAAGCCCAUGGUGAUACUGCCGUACAUGAACUGGGGCAAUCUUAAACUGUUUCUACGGCAGUGCAAAUUAGUAGAAGCCAAUAACCCACAGGCAAUUUCCCAGCAAGAUUUGGUACAUAUGGCUAUUCAGAUUGCCUGUGGGAUGAGCUACCUGGCAAGAAGAGAAGUGAUCCAUAAAGACCUGGCUGCUAGGAACUGUGUCAUCGACGACACACUUCAAGUGAAAAUCACAGACAAUGCCCUUUCCAGAGAUUUGUUUCCCAUGGACUACCACUGUCUAGGGGACAAUGAGAACAGACCAGUGCGAUGGAUGGCGCUGGAGAGCCUGGUUAACAAUGAAUUCUCUAGUGCUAGUGAUGUGUGGGCCUUUGGAGUGACUCUGUGGGAGCUCAUGACUCUGGGCCAGACGCCCUACGUGGACAUCGAUCCCUUUGAGAUGGCCGCUUACCUGAAAGAUGGUUACCGAAUAGCCCAGCCAAUCAACUGCCCUGAUGAACUGUUUGCUGUGAUGGCCUGUUGCUGGGCCUUGGACCCAGAGGAGAGGCCUAAGUUCCAGCAGCUGGUCCAGUGCCUCACGGAGUUCCAUGCCGCCCUGGGAGCCUACGUCUGACUUCAUUCCCAGCCCCACAGCUUGGAGGAAAGUGCCUGAUGCAGAUGCUCUGCGUGCAGUGUGGCGCCUGCAGAAGCCCAUGUGUCUCCCAGAACACUGUGCCUUAGGAAUGCUUCCAAACUGAACUGAAGACACACUUCAUGUGGAGUAUUUUCUAGAAACCACUUUUAUUAGGUUGAACUGAAAGGGGUUUUGUAAAUUUUUUGGCCAAAAAAUUUUUUAAAAUAUAGUUACUUUGGACUAGGGGGUGCAUUCUUAAAAAAAUAAAUAAACAGUUUUAAAAA